UGGCUUACCGAAAAAAAAGGGCAUCAAUAAUGGCAUCAAAGAAGACCUCUCGUCCUCUGAGUUAUAAUAUUAUUCUGCUUGGAAAAACAGGAGCUGGGAAAAGUGCUUCAGGAAACACCAUACUAGGGAAAAAGGGGUUUAUUUCCAAGAAGAGCUUUAAAUCUGUAACUCAGGAGGUUCAGAAGGAAAGCGUGACUUUUGAUGGAGUGACUCUUGAUGUCUACGACACACCAGGACUCUUCAACACAGAAACAAGCAAUGAGAUUACAAUAGGGAAAUGGAGAUCUGGCCUCCAGUUAGACGAGUCAGCUCGCACUGUGAUGCUGCUGGUGAUGAAGGCAGACCGAUUCACACCUGAAGAAAAAGAAACUGUUUCUCUGAUUGAGAACUUUAUACCUAAAAAUCUCCUCCAGAACACGUGGAUCCUCUUCACCAGAGGAGACGAGCUGGAGAGAGAAGAUCUCACUAUAGAAGAGUUUAUAGAAGCCACAGAGGGACUGAAGGAAGUCGUGCAGAGAUUUCACAACAGAUAUCACGUCUUCAACAACGUCUCCCAAAGUCCAGAGCAAGCCAGAAUGUUAAUUAAUAAAAUUAAAGACGCUCUAGCAAUUAACUGGAGGACUGUGUCUGUGAUCGACACACCAGAGUUCUUCGACACACCAGGGUUAUUCCGCACACCACGGUUAUUUGACCCAACACCGUUUUCCGACUCACCACCGUUUUCUGACUCGCCACCAUUUCUCGACCCACCAGGGUUUUUCGAACCACCACCGUUUCUCCACCCGCUACUGUUUUCUGACUCACCACCGUUUCUCCACCCACCAUGGUUAUUCCACACAGUGAGGAGAAAGGAGAUAAGGAGGAGUGUUUAUCUGUCCAGUCCAGGACCUCACGCUUUCCUUUACAUCCAGCCCAUUAAUAUCAGAUUCACUGAACAGGAGGAAAAUGUUAUAGAGAGAUUAGAGCUGAUUUUUGGGAGAGAGAUGAAAAAAUACACAAUGAUUCUCUUCACUUAUGGAGACCAGUUAGAGGGGAAUUCUGUGAAUAUGUUGCUUCAGCAGAACAGAUCUCUCAGCAGGCUAGUUGCUCAGUGUGGAGGUAGAUAUCACAUCUUCAACAAUAAAGACCUGAGAAACAGAGAGCAGGUCAGUGAGCUACUGCAGAAGAUAGACAGAAUGGUGGAGGAGAACGGAGGAACCUGUUACUCCUAUGAGAUGCAUAAGGAAGCAGCAAGAAUCAGAUGGAGAGAGGAAGAGGAGCGGAGGGAGAGACAUGAACAAGAAGAGAGGAGGUUGAGAGAAGAAGCAAGACAAAGACAGGAACAGGAAGAAAGAGAAGCAAGAGCCCAAAGAGAAGCAAGAGCCCAAAGAGAAGAGAAAGAUUCCUGUCUUAUUACGUGAAACAGGAAAAAGGCUGGGAAUCCCAGCGGAUGAUGGAUUAUGUAACCAUGAACUAUAACACAGGAAGGAGAGCAAGAGCACAGGAAAGUCCCUGAGCACUCCACACUGCACUGAUAUUAGGCUGUUGGACCCGACUGUGGCAGACUGGAAACUGUGCACCUCUCACACCAGCGAUGAACAGAGUAUGCAGCUGUCGGAUGCUUGAUUACGGCGCCGGGUGGACGACUGUGUAAAAGACUAAACUAGAACUCAGUAUAUCAUGAUGAUGCUCCACAGGAGAGUGAGUGUCUCACUGGAUCUCAAAUGCAUCUCAUCUGUCAAAAUAAUGCAGGAUGAUUUUUAUCCCAGAACAUUUUAAAGAGCCAAAGAGUCAUGAAUAGGACUUUUAAACACUGCAAAGCAUCAUGCAGUUACAAUGUGCAUCAAAUAUGGACCACUCCAAAGUUAUUAGCACCCUUCUUAAAAAAUGAGCAAAAAGGAAUUACAUGCAUGGAGUGAUAUUUUGAUCUUAAAAAGAUGGCGACUGUUUAUUUCAUCAAACAGGUUGCUUAAGUAGUGCACUCCCACAGUUAAUAUUCUGUUAGAGAAUAACAGCUAGGCUGGAGAGUACACUAGUGAGAUAUACCAUCAUCCUAUUGUGCUCUAUAACCACUGCAGAUUGAUGAUAGUAUCGUCUGAGGCUUUGGAGGGGUGAAAGCUACAGCGAUACUGAGGGGGGAAAGGAAAGGGGCGUGGCCAGACAUACAUAACACGUGCCAUGUACAUUUUAAAUCAUUACAGAAAAAAAAACUUCUUGAAUCUGCGUAGUCUAGCAGUAGCUGUUAGUCUGAAUGCUCGUGUUGUUCUGUUGUCUUGUGCUUCCCCUUAUGUUAUACCCAUUACAGUUACAGUGAAUUGUUAUACAGAGUUCUCAGAGCUGCCACAUCUCAUCUCUCUGCUCCUCUGAAUGUGCAUGUGACAAACUUUUGAAUCUUGGAUCUAGUCACUAGCAUUAGCAUGUAGUCACUUUUUUUCACAUUAUCAAGGUCAGCAAUGCUUUCCAAACCAAAAUGGGGUCUAUAAAUAAAUAUAAUUAAUUUAAUUAUAAAUUAAAUUAUGCUGGACCCCCUGCAGUUUGCUUACCAAGCAAACGAGGUCUGUGGAUGAUGCAGUCAAUACGGGAUUGCACUACAUCCUCCAACAUCUGGACAAACCAGGGGCUUCUGAAUAAACUGACACAGCUCUCUGUACCCACCUCCAUCUGUCAGUGGAUCACCAGCUUCCUGACAGACAGGCAGCAGCUAGUGAGGCUGGGAAAAUUCACAUCCAGCACCCGCACCAUCAGCACUGGAGCUCCUCAGGGCUGCGUUCUCUCCCCACUGCUUUUCUCCCUCUACACAAAUGACUGCACCUCUAAAGACCCCUCUGUCAAGCUCCUGAAGUUUGCAGAUGACACUACAGUCAUCGGUCUCAUCCAGGACGGCGACGAGUCUGCUUACAGACAAGAGGUUGAGCAGCUGGCUGUCUGGUGCAGUCACAACAACCUGGAGCUGAACACACUCAAAACUGUGGAGAUGAUAGUGGACUUCAGGAGAAACCCCCCCUGCUCUCCCCCUUCUCACUGUCAUGGACAGCACCGUGGCUGCAGUGGAUCAUUCAAGUUCCUGGGCACCACCAUCUCUCAGGACCUGAAGUGGGACAUUCACAUUGACUCCAUUGUGAAAAAGGCCCAGCAGAGGUUGUUCUUCCUUCGUCAACUGAAAAACUUCAACCUGCCACAGGCGCAGAUGACACAGUUUUACUCAGCUGUUACUGAGUCGGUUCCGUGCUCUUCUAUAACUGUCUGGUUUGGGUCAGCCAGCAAAUCAGAUAUAAGAAGACUGCAGUGGACUGUCAGGACAGCAGAACGGAUCAGGUGUGUGCACCUGCCCAACCUUCAGGACUUGUAUAACUCCAGAGUGAAGAAACGGGCAGCUAACAUCAUCACAGACCCCUCUCACCCCGCCCACAACCUGUUUACACUCCUCCCUUCAGGCGGACGUUACAGAUCUCUGUGCACUAGAACAUCUAGGCAUAAAAACAGUUUUUUCCUCCGUGCCAUCUCCAGCUUAAACAGCUAACACAGGAAUCAUUACCUGUGUUUUUUUUAUUCUAUAAUUCAUUUCUGUAAUUCAUCCUCCAUCUCUAAUUACUACCUCUUUCUCAAGUACUAUGUAAAUACAUAUACUGUAUAAAUAAAGAGAUAUAGAGUAAAUAAUGCACAAAUCUGUACAGAAAUCUUCUGUUCCAGAGUCAUACACAUUAUUAUUUUUUAUUUUUUAUUGUUAAGUCUUACUAUUUAAGAUGUUUUCUGUUCUCAUGUAAGAUAUGUAUGUACCAAGAGCACCAUAAAAAAAAAACACAACAAAUUCCUUGUGUGUCUGCACACACACUUGGCGAAUAAAGCUAAUUCUAAUUCUAAUUCUUUAAAUAAAAUUAAAGCUGCAAGCAGCAUUUUCAGGGGGCCAAGCACCCAGACUCUGUGAUCCACACAUUCACAGACACACUGCAGUUGUUGCCGAAGCAAUCACAGGAAAGCAGAGCCAUGACAUUAGGCAAAGGGAUUUCAGAGUGAUUUGUAGUUUCAAUCAUGAUGUGUGUGUUCUGACCACAGACAGUGGUGGGAUUCUCUGACUGUAGGAGGAAAGGUCUAGAUGAACACAUGGGCAGCAGGGUGGCGUUGCUGCUGCAGUGUUUAGACAGGUAUCAAGAUGAUGUGAGCCAAAUGUGGUGAAGAUUGGACAAAAUGUGGGGGAGGAGCAAAAAUGGCACUUUGAUGAAAGCAUUUUGGCAUGUUAUUGUAACUUUUGAUACAGUGAGUAUAUGGAUGAAGCCAAAAAUGAUUUGUGGGGUUUUUUCAUGCUUGCUAUUUUAAAACACAAAGGCACUAUGACACCACUGUGCCUUUGGUGGCCUUUGGUGGCCUUUGGUGGCGUUUGGGGGUUUUGUGGCUUUGUGGUAAAAGCCUUGCCUUUGGACUUGGAGAUUGCUGGUUUAAAACCUGCUUGGUUUGUUGGGUGGAGAAAUGCAGAAGGUGGAGUUAAAAGGGCUGUUUUUUGUGCAGUUUAUUUAGUAUAUGCCGGUGACUAAUACGAAAGUGAAAAGAUCUAUAAAAGAGGUGGCUUGUGUGAGUUCCUGUAGCUCAUGUGGAUGAGCAUCGCCUCUGGGUUGUGAGGUUGCUGGUUCAAACCCCCAGCCAGGACUCCAGGAUAUGGAUGGAGUUGAUUCAGGCGUCACUGGUAGUGUGAGUGAUGUGGUAGAGGGUGUGUAGUGGUGGGGGUAAUACCCUGGACCAGGGUUGGAGGUGGAAGGGGUUAUGAUGC